AUGGUCCACUUUUGUCAAACCAAUUCCUCAGCCGGAGAACCGAAAGCAAAAUUAUUUUGUGCCCAUCAAUCGUUUGCCCGCAAAGAAGUUGAGCGCGCUUUUGGAGUCUUACAAGCUCGAUUUGCAAUUGUUAAAAACCCGUCUCUUACCAUGGAUAAGGAGAAGAUAGGGAAUAUAAUGAAGGCUUGUAUCAUAUUACACAAUAUGAUUGUGGAAGAUGAAAGAGACGCUGAAACUAUAGAUAACGUAACGGAAUUCCAACAAGGAGGAGCAGACGGGAGCGGGUCUUCACGAGUACGUCCCCCUGACCGCUUGCCGUCGAAUGUCCACAAUAUUAUGGCUAAUCGAGCUGAUAUUCGUGACCAACAAAAGCAUCACCAAUUGAAAGCUGAUUUGGUUGAGCAUAUUUGGAACAAAUUUGGUCAUUAA